UGACUCACACCAUACGAAAACACAAAAGAAUCUUCAGGAGGUGCCAGACGCCUCAGUGAGUAAGACGGCGCAGGUUAGCCUGCAGCUGCCGGAAACCGCCGCAGGCAUCGUGCCAGAGACUGCCAGAGCACUCGAAUGGAUCCUGCUGGCAGUCGUGACAGAGGGCCGGGAAAAAGUCGAAGCUCGGGAGCAAUUUGCGGAAGGCAAGGUAGUCAACAAGCUGGCUGUUUUGAGUGGCUCAGACACGGGUUCUGGAUUAACGGAUAAGCUAUCAGAACGCUUUUGUCCACAUUUAUCGAAUAGCACCCAGCUUAGCGCCUGUCGAAGAGAUAAAUUUGAAAUGAUGGAGCAGGCGAAAAAACACGGUAUCCGUGUACCUGAUACGCUAAAAGCUAAUUCCGUUGAUGACAUCUUAAACUGGGUAAGAAAAAAGCAUCUCUUACCACAAAGAGUGAUUAUUAAGCCACUGAAUAGUACAGGGGGCGACGGGGUCAAGGACUGUUUCAACGAGGAUGAAAUCAUAAGAAAAUCCUUGGGAAGACCAAUACUCUUGGCUUUUGUUAAAGGAAAACAUGUCAUAACAGCUAUUUGGGAGCGAAAUAAAGAAGGACAGGAUGUUACCCCCGCUGGAGAAUACCAACAGAAACUAGCCCAGUUUGCAUUCCGAGUACUAGAUGCAGUUGGCGUGAAGCAUGGCCCAGCCUAUACGGAAUUCUUCCUAACUGACGGAGAGGGCUACCUCAUUGAGACCUGUACCCGGAAUCGUGGUGGCGUGGUUACUCAAACUAGUCGUGCAGCUACCGGAAGUAGCCAGAUAGAUUGGAUGCUGAAUGCUAUUAACGACGACAUAACUAUUGACGCCAAUAGAAUUGGCUACACACUUAAACAGCCUACGUGGGACGUCUAUGUGAUAGUGCGUUCUGAAGGGCAAGUGACGGAGCAGGAUAUCGAGGCGAUCACAGAGGACUUACUGAGCGUCCCUGCACAGAUCAUUCUUUCCCACAUGAAUGAGGAGCAAAUAAAAAGGGAUUACGAGGUAAUUCGGAAACUGGAAGAACAAGGCUUGUUUAAUAGGAGAUGA